AACGGAAGCUGCUUCCAUGAGGAGUUUCCGGUGAUGUUUGUUAUCAAAUAAGAUAUGGAAUCCGCCGAAAAUCUUCCCGUUAUCACAUCAACAUGAAGCUGCGGGUUCGGAUCAACCGGCAGACCAGUAGGGUGGAGUUACCGGGGGAGGAACCCACUUUGCAGGAACUCUCAGACCUCAUCAAGCAGACGCUGCUGUCCUGCAAUGGACACAGUGCCGACACAGAGUUCAGUUUGUCUCUGAACGGCUCAGAGCUCCUCUCAGAAUCCGAUCAGACUCUCUCAGCGUGUGGAAUCGUUUCUGGGGAUCUGAUCACCGUGCUUCUGCCGCAGCCUCCUCCAGGCGCCAUGGCAACCUCAGAAAAGAACACAAUGGCAGACAGACAGGAGGCUGCCAGCAGGACCACCAGCCAGCCACAUAACAGCAGCAGUGGGGUCAGCACCUCUGCACCGCCGACGGCCCCCCCGCAGACCUCUGACCUGCAGGACUUUGAAGCGGCCCCUCCAGUCUGGGAGCCCAUGCUGUGCAGCGAGGCAGAGGACGGUGAAGCCCCUCUCUCUCUGGAGCUCCUCUACCACACGGCUCAGGUCGCCUGCCCUAACGACGCCAUCAUGGUGGCGGCGCAUCUCCUCAUGCUGGAGACUGGGUUCACUCCUCAGGGCAGCGAGCUGAAGCCUGGGGAGAUGCCUGCAGGAUGGAGGUCUGCAGGUGGAGUUUAUAGGCUGCAGUACAAUCAUCAUCUAUGUGGAGACAGUCUUGUGUCGGUGGUGGCUGUGGGAAUGGGUCCGCUGCUCGUCAUUAAUGUUGUUCUAAAAGUGACUGAAAGCAUCGACACAACUAGAAAGCUACAGCUGAACCCAUCCAGCUACGUGACUCACGAGUGGCCAGGAGAAAACGCAGCUGCGGCCUUCAAGGAUCUAAAGAAACUUUCCCGCAUCCUCAAAGACCAGCUGGCGUACCCGCUGAUCGCUGCAGCUAGAGAAGCCAUGGCUCUGCCAGUGGUGUUCGGUCUGCAGGCUCUCCCUCCUGAGCUCCUCCUCCGCGUCCUGCGGCUGUUGGACGUCCGCUCCGUGGUGAGACUGUCAGUGGUCAGCUGGCAGUUCAACGCCGCCGCGUCAGACUCCACGCUCUGGAAACACCUUUACCUUCGGGACUUCUCAAAUCCAGAUCGCAGCCGAUCCAGAGACACCGACUGGAAACUGCUUUAUAAAAAGUCCUAUAAGCUCCGCUCGGAGCUCCGACAUCCCGUUCGUCCCUACUCCCUGCCUCCCUACCCUUUACGUGACAUCAUCACUCCAGUGCCCCGCCCCCUCUUCCCUCCGCUGCCAGGGAUCAUCGGGGGCGACUACGACCAGAGACCCAACCUGCCGCCUAACCUGCUGCCCCACCCUCGCUACGACCCCAUCGGGCCGCUUCUGGAUCCCGCCGUGCGACGACCUCGUUUGGAUUUCCGCAGACCAGCAGGAGGAAGACCGUCAGACAUCCGCAGAGGAUUCAUCUGAGUGUUGAUCCCAGAACUGCACAAUAAGUAAAUAAAAAAGGAAGAGUGAAGAACAAAA